UCACCCAUGACAAUUAUUAUUUUUUUAUUUCCGGGUUUCGGUGAACGUUUUGAACAGUCACCAUGCACUACACGUGUAUGCAGUUCCACUUGCUUCCUCAUGGGGGCAGUCAUGCAAAUUACUACGUGAUAGACAACCGACAAACGACUGAAGGAGAAAAACUGUUUACAGUACGACCGAGUUUGAGGUUAUAAAGAGAGUGACAAGUACUAAGCGUCAUUUUGUAAACAUUAUGGUUUCCUUUACAUUUACCCACACCGACAAGUCACUGAGCAUGUCACAUAAGGUUAUUUUUUUUCCCCAUAAACGUUACCGUUAAGUAAUAGAAGACGUAAUAUAGUCUACUUGUUACAAUCUGGAAAGUAUACUGCUGCAGCAUAUGCAGCAUAUAUUAUUUUAUAUCCAAAAUGGAUAUAAAACAACUAAUAGAAAAAACUAAGAACUGCAGAAGCCAUGCAGGCAAGUAUGGUGGCUUCCAUCCAGUUCAUGUCAAGGAGGACUGCCGUUCUAAACGCUGCUAAGCUAACCAUUUUGGACAUUGAUCGGUCAAGCUACGGUAAUAACUUUUGUCACGGUAAAAUAACAGUUUCUACAUUCAAGUUAUAGUAUUGAUUUACUAUACCUUAUUGUUUUGAGGUAAAAUGAUCAUACAGGACUUCAUAUGAGAGCACGCAUGCAUUAGGUGAGGUUAUUCAAAUGACAUCCGCCAUUUUAACACACCUGUCAUACCAAGGAUCUUUCACAUUUUUGCAGUUGGUCCUUAAAAUAGCUCCUGUCAAAUAGAGGAUCUUUGACUAGGUAAAAAUACAUAAUACAUCUGAAAAUGAGCAAUUUAGUUGAAUAGUCCUGCAUUAGUGCUUGACAUGAGAUAGUUUGUUGCCACCCUGCCCGUUAUGAUGUCCUUCCUAGUGACUGGAAAAGACCAAGUACAUGUGUAGGAUGCCCUUCUAUUUCCACAGGAUAAGAGCGUGGAUCAUAAAAGAACCGUGUGGACACACCAAGGUAAACGCAGAUAACUUGACAGAUAGGACCUCAUGGUGAAUAUAACAUAUGCAUUAUCGCAAGGAAUGUUUUUGUGUGUGUAUCUCCCAAGGCUUCAAACUAAAAGGGAGUUUUUAUUGUCUUUUAUUAUCAGGUAUGACUAUGCAUGUGGAGUCAAGUCAAGGCUGAAAGUUCAUUCUGCUCUCAUCAUGUUUUUUUUGUGUGUGUGUGUUGUUUUAGAUAGCAGAGAUGGAAAUCAGCUGAUAAGAUAUAAAUUGCAAUCUGUUUCAGUGAUUAUUUUAUUUGAGUGGUGUCAUGCUGAGGCCCUUUUACCACCCGACAGUACACUUCAGCCGAGCUUUAUGAGGAGUUACUGUGGCGUACGAGUGCAGGUUUUCUACCUGGUGGGUUAAAUGUGAGCGCAAGAUGUUUUAUCAGUCGGUAUUUCCAAUAGCAAUAGUAGUAAGUGUGCAUGGACAGGAAGUCCAAAAUUGGACUCAAUGGUUCAAGUUGUGUUUAGGUACUGCCGUGGUCCAUUUCCAUCUUCAGCUCAAGCACAGAUGGUGUUUACAGGUGCACACACACGCAAACGGCCCUAAGAAUACACUCACUCGUAAACGCACCACACUUUUAUAGAGCUUUCAUACAAAAUGCUUUACAACGCUUUACUGUCUGCAAUUGAGGGCACUGGCCUAACCUCCCUGGGAGUAAAUGGGAUUCAUUAGCUUGCUCACCAACACUACUAACAAGUCCAGUGGGUCAAUCAUAAUGAAAAAACAUUGAGUGGAAUAGAAGAACGGCACUAGUUAUAGUUGGAAUUUUACAACAACAACUGUAUAGUAUUUGUGUACUAAUCCUGAAAAUCUGACCACGUGACCCCACGUGACAAGGCCUCAGUUUUGGAUUGAAAUUUCCUAUACAACUCAACGUGCUCUACGGAACACCUAAUGUAACUUUGGCAUGUCUAAUUGAAUCGCCACAAAAUUUGCUACACAGCUUUAGGGGACUGACACACACUUGUAUGCAAAAUUUCAGCACAAUUGGUCGCAAUACCUUCCAGGGGCAUGAGCAAGACUUUGCUAAUUGCGCAUACAGGAAGUCACUGACAAAUGAUUAUGAUACUUUGAACAAUAAAACUCUAUAUAUUUGAUCACAAUCAUUAAAACAGUUAACAUUAAGCCAUCCUUGUUUAAAAAUCAAGUAAACGAAAUUCAGCUCCAUCCUGUAACUAUUAGUGCCUGCAAUUACAUAUACUUACCGUUAGAGGGUGGCAUUGUUUAACGUUGCACAGUAAGACUUUCCAUACUUGUUAAAGCUUGUUUAAUUUACUAAACAUAUAUAUAUAUAGACUGUACAAUGGUUGAUGUAAUUAGCCACUAAUCGUCUUUGGACGUUUUUUAAAUUAUUUUAUAGAUUUUGUAUUUACUUAUAUCCAUGCAAAUUAUUUUUCGAUAUAAUUUUAAUUAUUUAAUUGAGUUAGAUUGUGCUUAUUGUAAUGAUUUAUUUUUUGCAGUCGCAUGCAUUGCAUUUACUUAUUCUUGUACUGCAUUGUAAGUGUGCAUGUUGAUUUCCAAUAUUAUGUCCCCUGUAUAACGCUGUGCAGCUAAGCCGGGCCAGUGAUCGGAGGGGAGGAGAGAGGAAAAUAGAUAUGGGGGUGUGAGAGGGGAGAGGAUUUAGAGGGACUCAGACAGACAGUGUAGCGGCUGUCAGUGUCAGACAGACACUCUCCGGCACCAGGCUGCUGGAGUCCGCCUACGUCCCCUCUUGGCUGGCCACCUGCCUCUCCCAGAAUAAAACAGGACGGUCCAAAACGCUCCAGCAGAAGCAAGGAGGAGCAGACUAAGCAAAAAAGUGCGCCAUCUCAUCAGGCUCAAGCCUAGCACCUUCACCGCAUUGGUCCUGACUGCACUUGACGACGAAAGUUUGUUUGUUAGUUACCAGGAGAGCCGGCGUACAGCUCCAGGAACCGGGCAGUGCCUACCCUCUCUUCCCCGACGGAGCCACUUGCAUGGAUGCACCAUGGCCACGUUUGUCUGCAGGGUUCAGUUUUUAGACGACACAGAUCCAUUCAACAGCACCAACUUUCCAGAACCGACCAGACCACCGCUGUACACCUUCAGGGAGGACAUCCCACUCAUCAACCAGCUCGCAGGCGUCCACAGGCUCCUCAAGGCUCCACACAAGCUCGAUGAUUGUGCACUACAACUUUCCCACAAUGGCACCUACCUGGAUCUGGAAUCUUCUCUGGCCGAGCAAAGAGACGAGCUGGAGGGCUUUCAGCAGGAUGACACAGGGUCCAGAGGGAAAAAGCACAGCAUUAUAUUACGAACCCAGCUGACUGUCCGUGUACACGCCUGCAUUGAAAGACUAUAUAAUUCCAAUGGGCGUGACUUGAGAAGGGCGCUGUUCUCACUAAAGCAAAUCUUUCAGGAUGACAAAGACCUGGUCCAUGAGUUUGUGAUUGCUGAAGGUUUGACGUGUCUCAUCAAAGUGGGAGCAGAAGCGGACCAGAACUACCAAAACUACAUUUUAAGAGCUCUGGGACAGAUCAUGCUGUAUGUUGACGGCAUGAACGGCGUCAUCGGCCACACUGAGACAAUCGAGUGGCUUUACACUCUGGUGGGCUCAAAGUUUCGUCUGGUUGUAAAGACAGCGAUGAAACUGUUGCUGGUCUUUGUGGAGUACUCCGAGUCCAAUGCGCCACUGCUCAUACAAGCCAUUGCUGCAGUGGAUGCCAAAAGAGGUUGCAGAGCAUGGUCCAAUGCUUUGGAGAUCUUGCAGGAGAAAGAUGGCGUGGACACAGAGCUGCUCGUCUAUGCCAUGACUCUCAUCAAUAAGACACUGGCAGCCUUACCUGAUCAAGAUUCCUUUUAUGACAUGGUGGACGGUUUGGAGGAGCAAGGAAUGGAGACGGUAACACAAAGACACUUGGGUCGGAAAGGAACUGACUUGGACUUGGUUGAGCAGCUCAACAUCUACGAGUCCACGCUUCGGCACGAGGACGGAGACGACGACACCCAGCCUCCACCAACGGGACGAAGGGAUCGUCGGCGAGCGAGCCUCGGGGGCGGCGAUAAAAGGUGCGGCUUGGAAAGGAGGCGGAGCCGCAGGGCUUCCCUUGGACGAUCCGGACAGGCAUCCCCGUGCAGCCCUGCAUCCCCCCAGAGGGCGGGCUUCCAUCCUUUUAACAGAUCGAGAAAUGAAGAGCUGAAUGAGAGAGCACCCUCAGGUGACCUUCCACCCAUAGAAGAGGAAUGUGAGGAUGGAGGGAUAAAGAAGUACGAAGAAGAUGAGCCUCCCAUGACUGAGUCUGAAUCGGAUGAAAACGAUGAGGCUUUUUUAGUGUCUAGUCAGAGUAGCAACAGCUCGGUAAGGCAUCUUCCAUCCAUCAUUCACCGUACAAUCCAGUCCAUCACCAUUACAUCCAGACCCAUGCAAGAUCGAGAGAAUUGGAAAGAAACCCCUCCCAAAAGCCCCCUCAGUGCUCCCCCGACCCCCACGUCUCCUCCUCCUCCUCCACCCAUCCCUUCCCCUCUCAGGCCCCCCUCGCUUUUGGCCUCCCUGUUGGCCAGGAAGAGGGUCAUCAGCACCGUCCCGGCCACCAAGGAGAUCAGCCCACCGUCACGUGGCACCUCGCAUCCUUCCCCCGAGUGCCCGCCCUACCGUCCCCACACGCCGUUCCACCUCUUCUCCUACGACCUGGAUGAAGGGACGUCACCCCGUGUGGAGACAGAUAAUAUGGCGUCUCCAAGGAACGGAAGCCACUCGUCCUACUCCACACUCAGCAGCCCCUCUACGCCCACCAGUCCCAGGCCUCCUUUGGGGGGUCUCUUGUCCUCCUCCUACCGACAACACCAGGAGUCCUUGGCAGCCGAACGAGAGCGCCGCCGUGUGGAGAGAGAGGAGCGGCUGCAAAGGAUCGAAAGAGAGGAGAGAAACAAACACAGUCGGGACUAUGUGGACAAAAUGGAAGAGGCCAGGCUGGCACGGGAGGAGAGGUAUAAGAACGUGGAGCGUCUGGCUGCCGAGGAAUACGAGAAAGAGCGCCUUCCCCGCGGGCCUAGGACUCGCUCAGAUCUCGACCUGACCUUUGAGCCCUCUGAGACGUGGCCCUUGUCUUCCCGCAGCAGCACUCCAUCCUCGUUCGCCUCCCAGGAGGACGGUGAGGCGGACAACGAAGCCGAGGCCGCCACCAUCCCUUACGCUCCCGCUGAGGCUGCAGAGGCCGACGACUCAGGCGCCAGUGUAGAGGAGAAAGAGGCCGGCGCUGAAGAAGAGGAGAAAAAGGAGGAAGAGGAGGAAACGCAGGAAGAAGCCGCGGCAGAGAGCGAGGAGGAAAGUGUGCAGCCGGAGCCUCAAACGGAGAAGGAGGAGGCCGAGGAGGACAGCGGCAUCCUGAGCGACAAGGAGAGACAGAAUGAGGAGGUGAAUGAGAAGGACAACUGCUCGGCCUCCAGCAUCUCCUCAGCCAGCAGCACCCUGGAGAGAGAGGAGCGAGGAAACAGCGAGAAUGGUCUGAAAGAAGAUGAAGUAAACCAACCGUGCAGCAAACUCCUCAACAGUAAGCUCUUCAUGCUGGACAUGUUGUACUCCCAAAACAAGAAGCCCUGUGAGCAAGAAGAGGAGGAGGAUACCGAGAAGGAAAAAGAGGAAGUAGAGGGUGACAACAAAAAGGAGACGCACAAGGACGCUGACAGACAGCUGAGUGAUGACCAGAUAAGCGACAACAGGGACGACAAAUCCGAGCACCGGGGGAGCAUACGGCAGUUUGCCGAGCGCUUUGGAAACUUGAUCAAGGACCUUGGUUGUGCCCAUCCUCACCUUGACAGCCAAGAGACACUCCCUCCUCCCCCACCCAAAAAGGAAUCCGACACAAUCUGGGACCAGCUUCUCGCCAGCCCCCGUGAGCUACGCAUCGGGGACAUCAACUUCACCGACCUGACGGACGACGACGACAAGGACAUACUGGAUGUUGUUCUGAUGCGCGGAUGUGGCGACCUGCCACCCCCGCCUCCUCCCCCUCCUCCUCCUCCAUUCAGCGCACCCUUCACACCGCCCUGCAAUGCACCUUUCCCUCCGCCCCCGCCCAUGGUCACCAGCUGCCCGCCACCCCCGCCCUUGACAGGGAUGACGCUGCCUCCCCCACCACCUUCAUUUAAUAUGCCGAUACCUCCUCCUCCUGAGCCUCCUCUCUUCAACAAGAAGAAGAAGACGAUCAGGCUAUUCUGGAGUGAGGUGCGGCCAACAGACUUGCCAAGCGGGGACUACAGGAGAAACGGAGACUCCCUUUGGUCCAAACUUGAUUCAGUCAAAUUAGACACAGCAAAACUGGAGCAUCUGUUUGAGUCCAAGUCCAAAGAAAUGCCCGUCACUAAGAAAACGGCAGCAGACGGCAAACGUCAAGAGAUCAUCGUGUUGGAUUCCAAGAGGAGCAACGCCAUCAACAUCGGCCUGACCGUGCUGCCACCUCCUCGCACUAUCAAGACGGCCAUCCUCAACUUUGACGAAUACGCGCUCCACAAGGAGGGCAUUGAGAAAAUCCUCACAAUGAUCCCCACGGAGGAGGAGAAGCAGAAGAUCCAGGAGGCUCAGCUGGCCAAUCCUGACGUCCCGCUGGGCUCGGCUGAGCAGUUCCUGCUCACUCUGUCGUCCAUCAGCGAGCUCUCUGCCAGGCUUCAGCUAUGGGCUUUUAAGAUGGACUACGAAGCAACCGAGAAGGAAGUAGCAGAACCGCUGCAGGAUCUAAAGGAGGGGAUGGAACAACUGGAAAAGAACAAAACUCUCCGUUACAUCCUCUCCACGCUGCUCACCAUCGGAAACUUCCUCAACGGAACCAACGCUAAAGGUUUCGAGCUGACGUACUUGGAAAAAGUGCCAGAAGUGAAGGACACGGUCCAUAAGCAGUCUCUGCUUCAUCAUGCCUGCUGUCUGGUGGUGGAGAACUUCCCUCAGAGCACGGACCUCUACUCUGAGAUCGGGGCCAUCACUCGCUCUGCAAAGGUGGAUUUUGACCAGCUGCAGGAGAACCUGUCCCAGAUGGAGCAUCGCUGCAAGGCAUCGUGGGACCACCUGAAGGUGAUCGCUAAGCACGAGAUGAAGCCUCAGCUCAAGCAGAAGAUGUCGGACUUCCUCAAAGACUGCGCUGAGCGAAUCAUCAUCCUCAAGAUAGUCCAUCGCAGGAUCAUCAACAGGUUCCAUUCAUUCCUGUUGUUUCUGGGCCAUCCAGCCUACAGCGUGAGAGAGAUCAGCGUGCACAGAUUCAGUAAAAUCCUCAGCGAAUUCGCCCUGGAGUACCGGACCACUCGAGACCGCGUGUUGCAGCAGAAACAGAAACGAGCCGACCACCGCGAGCGCAACAAAACCCGGGGGAAGAUGAUCAUGGAUGUUGACGCUCCUUCUGAUGAUGAAGAGGAGAGCGAGUGUGGGCGGUAUGGGUCCAGCAGCGCCCCUAUUGGCAGCCAGGAGAGCGAGCAGCCUCAAGGUUUAGGCCACGCCGAGGAUGCAGCAGAACAUGAGCACAUGAAAGCAGUGCUGAGAACCAGCAUUGGCAACGGAGGCGGGGACAAAGCGGGCAGCGGUGUCGUACCGGGGCUACGCACACGCACCAGAUCACGACCAGGACGGGGAGGGGCGAGCUUGCGGGCGCGGACCCCGGCGGUGGAGGACGCUCAGGUGUGCGGGGACGACGCCGCUGACGAGAUCAUGGAGCGCAUCGUGAGGUCCGCCACUCAGGCUCCAGGAAGUAGACCACAGCCACGAGAGAGGAGGAGGUCCAGGGCCAACCGAAAGUCAUUGAGGCGGACCCUAAAGAACGGUUUGACCCCAGAGGAGGCGCUGGCCUUAGGGUUAACCGACACUGCAGACCCGCAGAUGUAAUCACGCCCCUCUGAUGGUCCAUCCCCGACCGGCUGCCUUUGCUCUUUUUUGUAUCCUUGCACCAAGCAGAAGCGACACAGGUUUCUGUCAGCUGCUAACCUCUGCCGGAUGUGUCUGAGUGAUGAUGUCAGUGUUUGUUCUUUUUUUUUAAAAUAAUGCACAAGGAUGAUCAAUUGGAACUUUAUUUAUAGAGCUUCUAUUUUUGUGUCGCUGUGAUGUCACCCGUUCCGCAUCAUCUUCAAGCUGUGAACUUUCCACCCAAAGAUGAAUUUAUUAUCACUUCCGCCCACUUCCAAAGUACCUUAAGAAAUGGAGAUCACCUUCAAAUAGUCUGAUCGUUUGUGUAAAUAUACAUGUGUGAAGAGUAGGAAAGGUCUUCAAUUGGAUUUGUGCCUUUCUAGCCAAAAGGGACAACGCUGUACUGUUUAUUCACCUGCUUCCUCCAUUGGACUUUUUACUAUUUAUUGGAAAAGCUUUGUAAUCCGUGAUAUUUUGCACCUUACUAGCCGGUGCAGCAAAAAAGGACAUUUGUAAAGUGUAAAAAGACAAAAUAAAUAAGCAUUUUUUUCUACGUGUAUAAAAGUAUUUGACAUGCCAGACACUUUCAAGUGGUGUUAGUAUUGUGCAUGUCUCGUGCGCUUCAUGUUGUGUAUUGUUUUGUAGAAAUGUGUAUCAUAGAAGAAAAGAGGCUAUUCUGUGAAAUGUGAUGAAAUGUAGAUACGCUCACACAGAGGGAAGGAUGCUUUUUAGGGCUGUUACUUCUUGUUACUUUUUGCUCUCAUGGCGCUUUUAUGAACUUCAUGCGAGACCUUCCGGGGUAGAUGAAGGUCCGUCGGAAGGCUCUCUCACUGGGAAACGUUACCACAUGAAAUGUCAUGGCGUGAGUUGGCCGUGAAGUCGCAUUGUUUCACUUGAAAUGCUGUUUGUACACAUUCUACAAAAAUAAACACUGUGUGGGGGGGUAAUACCAAUAUUGGUGUUUUAUUAUC